GAACGGACCAGGAGCGUCCGGCAGCUGUGGGCACGGGGACGCGACCGGUGUAGCCGAGAGCUGGCCCUCUGCAGUCAGCGGCGCGACGCGACGCAACGCGGCCGGUGCGACAGCGGCCGGGGGUGCGCACCAGCGACAACAGAGGCGCUGUGAGUAAGACAUUGGCUUAUCUCGUAUCAGUGCACCUGAUUGACAGUGAGAACCUCCUAUACCUGCUUCAGUGGCAGACGGAGAUUUAACCCAGAAACCACCGAGACGCUUCAGCUAAGCUAGGCACGAUGAAGUCCUCUACAGCCGCUGUCUUCAUCCUGAUGCUGUCGGUGAUGGCCUCAGCACAGGACAACGAGACCCUCUCCUCAAUGGAUCAACAGGGAGAGGACCGUCUGGAGAGCAGCGAGGAGUACGAACUGUCCAGCCUCGACCAGCUGGAGAUGGAGCUGGAGAAGCAGCAGCAGCCCGUGCAGCGGCGCGCGGGCCCGGACGCCGGUUGGUCUCCGUGGUCGGCGUGGUCGCCCUGCUCCAGGACAUGCGACGGCGGCGCGUCCUUCCAGCUGCGGCGCUGCGAGACAGCCGCCGGCUGCCGGGGCGAGCCCGUCCGCUACAAGAUCUGCAACAUGCAGCCGUGCCCGGAGGCGGGCGACUUCCGAGACGAGCAGUGCGCGGCGCUGAGCGGCGACCCGUGGGAGGGCGAGCUGCUGCGCUGGUCGGCGCACGAGGACGAGGCUGCGCCGUGCGCGCUCACCUGCCGCGCCACGCGCCCCGGCGGCUCGCUCGUCGUGGCCCGGCUCGCCGACCGCGUCAGGGACGGCACGCGCUGCCGCCCCGGCUCCCUAGACAUGUGCAUCAGCGGCCAGUGCCAGCGCGUGGGCUGCGACCUGCGCAUCGGCUCGUCUAAGCGAGUGGACGCGUGCGGCGUGUGCGGGGGAGACAGCUCGUCUUGCGCGCAGCCGCUGUUCCACUGGGAGCACGCCCCCGCGUCGCUCUGCUCCGCCCCCUGCGGAGGCGGGCGCAAGAUGUCCCGGGCGGUGUGCCGCAACCGAGUGACGGGCGCCGAGGCGGAUGAGCAGCUGUGCAACGCGUCGCAGCGACCGCCCCGCCUCCUGCUGCCCUGCAACACCCACCGCUGCCCCGCCAAGUGGGUGCCCGAUCCUUGGGGACCGUGUUCUGUCAGCUGCGGGGGCGGACACACCCAUAGGAUUGUUCGCUGUCUGCAGGACAUCAACGGGACCACCAUACAGGUUCCCGAUUCACAGUGUCCAGUUCUGAGACCUCACCACAGCCAACCAUGUAACAGUGAAGAGUGCCCCAUCUGGAACUCUGGACCAUGGUCUGAGUGCUCUCUAACAUGUGGUGUGGGUGUUCAGACCAGAGCUGUGUGGUGUGCUGAAGGUACUGAGCCAAGUGCCCUUUGUGACCCUACAGCACGUCCACCUCCCAAACAAACAUGUCUAACAGGAGUCAUUUGCCCUGGACCAGAGUACCAGACAGGAAAAGAAGAAGAUAAAAUGCCUGGAGGAGAUAACAGGCACUCAUUGAUACAGACUUAUGGUCCUUCGAGGGUACCUUCAGAAAAUGAAGAAAAUGCAAAGCAGCCUUCUUUCAUGGCAAAGAAGUGGGGACCCUGUAGUGUGACGUGUGGUGUAGGGGUUCGGAAGCGAGAAGUUCAUUGCAAGACAUAUCUGGAGUUCGUCAAGACCUAUGCUAGAGUGCCAGAUGCCCAAUGCCAUGGGAAGAAACCAGCAGAAAUUGAAAAAUGUAAACUAGAUCCGUGCAAUGAUGAACUCAGUAUGGAUUCUGAUGGCACUCAAAGUUACCAGGCUGUCCAUGAGGAACCAUCAUUUGAUAUGAAAAUAGCAAGAACUUCUCCUGGGCCAUACAUAUGGAAGUCAAUGGGCUACAAGCCAUGCAGUGCAUCUUGCUUGGGAGGUAUGCAAGAGUCAUUUAUAAUAUGUGUUCAUGAAAGCACACAGAAAACUGUGAAUCCAUAUUUCUGUGAUAAAGAAAGCAGGCCAGAAACAUUAUAUCGAACAUGUAAUGAAUUUCCAUGCCCUCCUCGAUGGAAUUAUUCUGAGUAUCAAGCUUGUUCUAAGCCAUGUGGCAUUGGUAUAAGAACAAGAGAAGUAACAUGCAUCCAUGAGGUCACAAGAGGAGGAAGUAAUACAAUCAUAGUGCCAAAUAGCAUGUGUCCUCAACCACCUCCUCCUAACAGACAAUACUGCAACAUUGUGGACUGUCCUGUGAAGUGGCACACUGGUACCUGGUCUAAGUGCUCAGCCACAUGUGGAGGAGGGACAAAGACGAGAUCUGUUGAGUGCAAGCAGACAAUGGCACAAAAUAAUAUCAUACCUCGGCAUACUACAAAAUGCACGGGCCCCAAACCGCCUGAGAAAAAGGCAUGUAAUAAGAAACCAUGUUCAGUAGAGAGUAUUCAGCCACAGAUACAUCUUGAAAACAAGACAUAUGUCCAGGAAAAUGCCAAUGAAAAGAAAGUGAAUCUUAAAAUUGGUGGCCAAGCUAUAGUAUUUGCAGGAAGUCAGGUGAAGAUCAGAUGUCCUGUGAGGAAGUUUAACAGGACUAAAAUACAGUGGGAAAAGAACAGCACACAGAUAACAACCUCUAGGAAAUAUAAGGUUACUAAACAAGGAGCACUGAAAAUACAUGACAUAAUGUUCACUGACAGUGGAAAGUACACCUGCAUUGCUGGUCAGUCAAAAGCUGAUCUAUACCUUUCAGUGAAGCUUCCUUUGACAAGAACAAGUUCUGAAGAAGUUGAGAAUGCCAACAAAAUAUUGCCUGGAAGAUCACGCUCAGAAGACAGAAGACUCAAGGCUGGAGCUCCCAGACAUGCUGUAAUAUUCCCAGGAGAUGAUCGAAGCCAUGAAACACAGCCAGAAGAAAAACAAGGAAGAAAAAUGACAGUUCGACCAACCACUACAGUAGCAACGUCUCCACCAUCACCUAAUCAUGAGGAGGAGGAAGAAUUUAGAGCAACUACUGUAUUGCGUGGUGGUGACUCAGUAACACUAUCCGCUGUUUCUUCUACUCAAAUGCCAGACACUUUUGAGGGAACAGUUCCUCAUUUAAGUUCCGGAAGUGCACGUCCUAUGCCGCACUUCCAGCAUCUACUUUCUAAUUUACAGACCUUCAGCAACUCAAGAGGACAUCGCACUGUCAGUGAUUCAAUACCCAUUGUGAAAUACGGCAAACCAGAUGAAGACAUGUACGAAGAUGAAUUUGGUCCAGCAGUUGUCUUAGGAAGAGGAAGUGCUGAAAACCUUAAGUUUGACUGGAUGAUAACUGAGUGGUCCAAAUGUUCACAGACAUGUGGAGGUGGUGGCUUUCAGACAAGAACUGCACAUUGUAUGGUGCGACUCAAUAACAACACUCAGAAUGUGCAAGGCAAUCUCUGUGAAGAUGCUGGUCUACCAACACCUCCUCUCACUCAGCAAUGUGGACUUGAAGAAUGUCCACAGUGGAUCACCAGCAGCUGGUCUUCUUGUGAGGAUUCACGGUGUUUUACUUGGAAUAAGGCGAUGCAACGCAGGGAGGUAGCAUGCUUACUAAGUAAUGGUACAGAAGUUGAAGGUCUCUGCAGUGAAGCUGAGAAACCCACUCAACGACGAGAAUGUCACAACGAAAAGUGUAAAGGAACUUGGAGGGUAGGUGAAUGGUCUGAGUGUCGAGGUGCAAAGAUCAAUCAAAGUACUGCCAAAUCGUGAAAACAAUGAAAGCUUGUGGGAUACACCAAUACUGGAACCAGUGUUGUCACUCAUGUCGGAAAAAAACCUAGUUCGGUGACUGUAUACCUCUAGCAUCAUUUGUUGAUGAAUUGUGUGAAUUAUUGCCUCAGUGUGGACUAAAGACACUGUGUGGUAAUAGAGUAAAAGAGUUUCAGAGACAUCUAUAUAUUAAUAUGUCAGAAAUGACAUAUUAUUGACCCUCACAUAUUUUUGGUGACAUGGUACUAAGUACCAGAGUGAAAUGUUUCACGCAAAACCCUAAGUGGGGGUGAAAACUUUGAGUACUAUUUUCAUGAAGACUGAAAAUAUUAAAAAUAACUAUGUCCUGCCAUUUUCAUAUUUGUUCACAUUAUCAAACUAGAAAGACUUCCAUUGGAUACUUACAAAUUCUAUCUAAAAUUAUGAGAUUAUUUACUUUAAGACAUUUAUAAUUCAGUUUUCCAAGAUGUUUGGUCCUGUUAUUAGUGAAGAUUGGGGCUAGUUUAAUACUCUUACUACAUUACUUAUUUUUUUAAAAAGUUGUUGUCUUGCUGUAAUGAGAUAUUUAAGUACACAUAAAGUACGAUGGUGUUGUUACCAGUAUUCCUACAAGCACACAUUCCAUUUGUUAUUUGUAAAUAAUGUAGCAUAAGUUGUAGUAUACUUGUAAAUAUUGUAUUUAUUGAAAUACAUUCAUUUGACAUAA